GAAGGGAGAGGAAGCAACAGUAGAGGCGGGGCGACCUAAGGCGACGUGGUGGCGGCUGGCUGCAAUGAGUGCAGCAGAGUGGCCGUUCACUGCACUGGGCGUGGCGGGUGCUGUCUUGGCAGGCGCGUUCAACCCCGUGUAUGCGCUGCUGCUGAUCGACGUCAUAGCAGCGCUCUACAACCCCGACACGGACGAGAUGAAGCGGCAGGUCAACAAGUGGGCCAUCGUGUUCACCGGGCUCGGCGUGCUGUCCCUGCCGGUGCACACAGUGCAGCACUACGGCUUCGGGGUGUCGGGGGAGGCGCUGGUGAAGCGGGUUCGAGAGAAGAUGCUGGCAGCCAUCCUUCGCAACGAGGUGGCGUGGUUCGAUCAAGACGCCAACGCCAGUGGCGCCAUCGCCUCGCGACUAGCCACCGACGCCACUCUGGUCAAGGCAGCCGUGGCGGACCGGAUCGCUCUGGCAACGCAGAAUCUCUCGGUGGUUGUGAUUGCGUUCGUGAUCGGGUUCGUGGUGGAGUGGGCGUUGGUGGUGAUUGCGACCUUUCGCUCUUGGUCUUCGCGGCUCUUAUGGAGCCAACAAUUCCUAGCCGGGUUCGCUGGAACCAGAGCGCCUCGCACGCGCGCGCAACACAGUGGCAGCAGAAGCAGUGGCAAACAUCCGCACUGGUAGCAGCAUUCACGCCCAGGACAAAGUCU